AUGUUACACGAAGCAAAAGACGACAGUCAGCUUUCCACCACCCAAGCACAGGAAGCUCAUGACGAAGAGCUGGAGAACGGACUUCUACUUCAGUACGCUAUCGGACGUACCACGGCAGACCGAGCUCAAGAAGUCCUGAUAGCAGUCAUGAACGGAGCAAAAGCUCCACGGAAAGACCAACUCCGAUUCCUUGCCGCGGACGAAGCAGACCUGAGAGAAGGUGUCCUUCGAGGAGCGAAAUAUGUCGUCAAUUGCUGCAACAACGUCAUUCGGAGGGAUCCAGGUAAUGUCCACGCGACGCCUUUACGGGAGACGUGGCAGCCCAUUGGCCGAGAGGUAGAUGAUGAGUUGGAGGAGCGGACCAAACGGAUUCUGCGUGAAGCGGCCGAAGAGGCGCUGCAGAAGUCUCCUAUGGUGGACCUAUACUAUAAGUGCAUGCGGGCCGUGGCGAGGGUUCGGUGUUGGGCGAUGAACGGCACCUCCGCGGCAUGA